AAUCAGAAGUGGCUCGCUGUUGUAAAUACAGGGUUGUUUUGAAAGCGUGUGAAGAGUCGAGGAGAGACCGUGAAGAGACAUGACGGUGGACACCAGAGUCAGCGACACGAGGGGCGGUGCCAUGACAGGCAGCAGCAGACAGGAGGGCCCUGGAGGACUGUGGGACUCAGUGAAGAAAGCUGCGGUUGUCAUCGGAUCUGGAAUCUUGUUCUUGGCUGCAUUUGGCAACUCGCUGACAUGGCAUCUUCAGAGAUUCUGGGGAGCUUCUGGAGAUUUCUGGCAGAACUUGUGGACGAAACUGCACGUUACCUUUGAGGGUCAUGAAACUGCUUUGUUCUACUUAGGCACAAUGUUGGUCCCCACUCUGGCGUUCUGGGUGACAAAUGGUCUGCUGCUGCUGGUGGACACCACCGGUAAACCCGCCUUCAUCACCCGCUACCGCAUCCAGGUGGACAAGAAUAACCCGGUGGAUCCAGCUAAGCUUCGCCAUGCGUUGAAGACCGUCCUCUUUAACCAGGUUUUCAUCUCGGGGUCCAUGGUGGUGGCGGCUUACCACCUGAUGAUCCUGAGAGGGAACCCCUGUGACCCUGAGCUGCCCACCUUCCACUGGGCCCUGAUGGAGCUGGCUUUCUUUUCCUUAGUGGAGGAAGUAAUGUUUUACUAUUCACACAGGCUGUUCCACCAUCCCAGCCUUUACAAGCAUUUCCACAAACAGCACCAUGAGUGGACCGCUCCCAUUGGACUCGUCUCUAUCUAUGCUCAUCCUUUGGAGCAUGUGAUCUCCAACAUGCUGCCGGUGGCAAUUGGGCCGGUGAUCCUGGGAUCCCACCUGACCACUACCUGCCUGUGGUACUGCCUGGCUCUGAUCAGCACAACCAUCUCCCACUGUGGAUACCACCUCCCCUUCCUGCCCUCCCCCGAGUUUCAUGACUUCCACCAUCUCAGGUUCAACCAGUGUUUCGGGGUCUUUGGCUUCCUGGAUCGGCUCCACGGCACUGACACCAAAUUUAGGCAGACCAAGCAGUAUGAACGCCACACCCUUCUCACCAGCCUCACCCCUCUAAACGAGAGCAUCCCUGACGAUCCCAAGAAGGGCCACUGAUGACCUGUGACCCCUGACCUUUAACCUUAGGCCUUGCCAAACUUGGGAUAUGGGAAGAUAAGGUUCCCAAUCUUUAGUGAUUAUUAGAUUUUAAUUAUUUUAAUCCAGAUAAGCUCUUGAUCCGUUUCUGAUUGUGAAUGUUUGCCCGCUCUCAGUGGCCACCAGUUUCACUUUUUAUUUUCCCAAGUAGAAAGAUUGCACUUUAUUACACAUGCAGAUUUCAUGGAUUUUCUUUAUCCAUUCUUCCACUGUAGCUUUAACGUUAGUGGAGUCCAUUAUAAAUGCAUGCACAUUGAUCUUGUAUUAAUUCUUGUAAACGUAUUUUGUAUUUUAAGUAAUGUUUAGUAACAGCACUUAAAGUUCACCAGUCCAGACUACAUCCACUUGCUGCUCAGACAGAAGAUACAUCAACACUUUUCAUUUCAGUGACAUUUAAACAUAUUUUUGAUUGUAAAAUGUCUUAAGGUAUUACAGGAGGCCUCAUUAAUGGUUGUAUAAAAAGACAUGAAUGUUGAAAAAGAGAUCUCCUUCUGUGAUCGAUACAAUGUUAAUAUUUUAACUGGACUGUUUAAUAUUAAAACAUUUUAAAAAAGA